GGUUGCCGGGCGGACAGCGGGAACGCGCUCCGGGGGGUGGGGACGCGCGAGCUCACGACUGCUCAAUGACAAAUCGACUGGGGACAGCUGGGGUCCGGCCCCAGGACGGGGCGGGGCGCGCGUGAGAGCCGGGAGUCUGGUUGUGCACAUAGCCAGAGCGGCGGUGGGACGGCUCCCUCAGCUCCUCAUCUGGGCCAUCUGUCCGUGUGUCACCGCCUCAGACCAGCAGGAUGGCUGCCAACAAAGGCAAGAGCCAGGGCUCCCUGGUCCUUCACAAGGUCAUCAUGGUCGGCAGUGGGGGAGUCGGCAAGUCAGCCCUGACGCUCCAGUUCAUGUAUGACGAGUUUGUGGAAGACUACGAGCCCACCAAAGCUGACAGUUACAGAAAGAAGGUGGUUCUCGACGGAGAAGAGGUUCAGAUAGACAUCCUGGACACGGCCGGCCAGGAGGACUAUGCGGCCAUCCGUGACAACUAUUUCCGAAGUGGAGAAGGCUUUCUGCUGGUGUUCUCCAUCACGGAGCACGAGUCUUUCACCGCCACAGCCGAGUUCAGGGAACAGAUCCUCCGAGUCAAGGCCGAGGAGGACAAAAUCCCUCUGCUGGUCGUGGGCAACAAGUCUGACCUGGAGGAGCGGAGGCAGGUGCCCGUGGAGGAGGCCCGAGGCAAAGCGGAAGAGUGGGGUGUGCAGUAUGUGGAGACAUCCGCGAAGACCCGCGCCAACGUGGACAAGGUGUUCUUUGAUCUGAUGAGAGAAAUCCGGGCAAAAAAGAUGUCGGAAAACAAGGACAAGAACGGCAGGAAAAGCGGCAAGAGCAAGAAGAGUUUCAAAGAGCGGUGCUGCUUGCUGUGAGCGGGCCGCGGACAGAGCGAGCGGAGAAGGCCACACCGCAGCGCGCCGAGCCGAGGUGGCCUCCCCCUGGCUCCCCGCUCUCCGCAGCUGUAUUCACUAUCACUUCUUGAGAUGGGACAGAUACCUGUGCACCAGUGGCUGGCAGGAGAAAGACGCCUUCGUCCGUGCGUCUGUGCGAUGCAUCUGCUAACGUUGCCAGGAGCUUUGAGAGUCUGCCCCCUCCCACCCUCCCUGAACCGUGACUGUCACCAGCUCUAGGGUCAGGAAUCUGAGUUGUGUUGACAAGAAAGAGGAUUGCCACGGCGGCUUGUCCCCCCCUGUUCUAGGACAUGGUCAUCUUUCGUUGGAAAAUCAAAAUACUUCACAUUAGCAGGGCGUGCUGGUGCACCCCUGUAGUCCCAGAACUCUAGAAGGUAAGGCAGGGAGGGUAGCCUGAGCCCAAGGCCAGCCUGGGCUACCUAGCAAGACCCUGUCUCUAAAAGGAAAAAGAACUAACAUCUUAUUUUCUUAGAUUUUAAAAGAGGGUCUCUGGCAAGACCCCCUCGUUAGUUCUUAUCGGUUUAGAAGUAGACAGGGGGCGGAAAACCUAAGCUCAGGUAAUACUGAAAAAGCCAAAACAAUUUGUUUCUUUUCUGUUUUAAAAGAUAAACUUCUGUGGCUUGGAAGCAGAAUUAGAAAGAUGAACUUCACUUGGUCCAGAUAGGCUGAACCAAGCCUCCUGGCGUUUGUAGAGAAAGUGGGACGCUGUUCCCUUCAUACUUAAAUGCCAGCCAGGUGCUGGCUGUGGGCUUCCCUCCCCAACACCCUUACUUAGUAGUGAGGAAACUUUGUGUGGGGGAGACGUAGGCCUGUGCCCCAGAACAAGCUUUCUUUUUUCUGACUGGAUCAUUUCACCUCUUCUGGUUCCCUCCCACCAGCCAUAGGCCUGCUCUUUACUUCCUUUCUGAAAAAUGUGACCAGUUCAAAUUAUGUCCCAGGACACGGGCCAGCGCCAGCUACCUCUGCAGACUCUACAAGCGGAAGAGGGGAAGGCUCAGAAGGGAGGGCCACCUCCUGUAGCUCCCGGCAGUUGGUUCUGGUGACACUGAGAUGAACCAGGUUCCAGAGGCUCACACCCACUCUCUGUUAAGCCUCCUCUUGGGGAAGGGGACUCUGGGACUGGGGGCUGCCACUGAGCACACACACUCCUCCCAUUUUCCAGAAGUGAACAUUUCACGUUUUGGUGCCGAAUGUGAAUCUGGGUGGGGAGAGCGGGAGCCCUUCUAAUGGAUGUUUUUUUACAGAGGUUAUGGAAUCCAAGAUCUGAUCCCUGGAAACUUGUGUCACUUCCAAAGAAUCAUGGGCUUUUUCGAAUUAAAAAAAAAUUACACUUUUCA